CCAACUGUUCUUCAUCGUGCAGUCUGUAACAGCAGAACAUCCAGCUUGAGAGAGGAGAGGACAGAGAAUUUGGCUUCACUGUUAGGUCAUUAUUUAUCCUGCAGGCAAGGCAUGUUUUAGACAUUCUACCCUUGUGAAAGUAUUCAAUCACAGGAUGGACCAUUUAGCUCUCUGCUGCCUCAUUGGCCUGUCAAUCAUUCUGAUAAACAUUAGCACCACUUAUGCCACCCCUGUCAUUUUCAAUGACUCUUUAGAAAGCAGUGGGCAUUGGGAGACUGGGAGCACAGACCUGAUCCCCACACCCAGCAUUGCCUCCUUCCUCAAUGAAUCUGUUAUAUCCACCUCCAUCGAUGGAGAAAAACAUACCAAACCCUUCUUCAAUCAGAUGGUGGACAUAUUACAAGAGAACCUCCUCCUCAUAAUUGUCAUUACCACAUUACUUCUGCUCGUCUUCACCAUCAUCUGUUCGGCUGCUAUCUUGAGUCACAGACGAAAAGUCAGCACCUACUAUCCUUGCGCAUUCCCCUCCAAGAUGUACGUGGAUGAGAGAGACAAGACUGGAGGAGAGAGGUUCUUUAAUGAAGUUCCAGAGAAAACAAACACAAGCUCCAGCGAGGAGCCGCUGAAUUCAGCUAAGCAGCUCCAAAAGGACAUCAUGUUGGCUACCAAACAUCUACGCACUCCAGUCAAGACUUCUUGGAGGGAGAAGAAUGAAAAGGUGGAAGACAAAAAAACAGAUGACAAGGAAAACCCUCAGUCUGAGAAGAGUCAAGAGGAGAGCUUUGGCUUUCAAGAGGACAAGACUACAAAUCAGUCCGUUGUUGAACAUUCUGUGGAAAAGAGCAGCCCCAGCUGGUCCCAGGACAGUAUCCAAAUUUGUGAUAUGGAAAAGACUGACCCUUCUGACUCUGGCCCCCCUAAUGAGAGCAAACAUCCAUCAGGGCCAGAGAAUUCUGAGAUCCAAGACGACAUGAACAAACUGGAAUUUGAUACUUCAGGCUUACCAUUUAUCAGUGAAGAGAAAACAGCAUUUUAGUGUGGACAUUUUCGAAGCUUCAAAGGAAAUAUUUAGACAUAAACACGGAUUUAAGUUUAUUUCUUGUACACAUUGUAACAACAAAGAAUGGAAAUCUGCCAUAGUUGCUAAUAUGGACCAUUUGUGUUUCAUUAUAGUUGUCUGAUUUAAAAAAAAAAAAAGAGAAAGAAAGAAAUAUAUUUGCUAUUGUUUAUGUCUGUUGUAUGAUAUACCACAUGUAAAUGUUGUAAUCUGUUUUUCGUUGUAUGAACGGAUGCCUAUUAGGCAAGACUGUAAUAUAAAAAUAGCAUUUUAA